AUGAAGUUCGCGAAAGAGCUGGAGCGGGAUGCGGUUCCCGAGUGGCGGAUCAAGUACCUCAACUACAAGGCCGGCAAGAAGUACGUCAAGGCCGUGUCGCGCGCCAUCAACAGGACGCCUCGCGGCCUGAGCAACCGGACGCCGUCCUUCUUCCGACCGACGCCCGCUGGCCGAACAUCCGGGCCCGAACCGUCCCACUCGGCGACCAUCGCAUCUCGAGGCGCCCCGGGUCGAGCGCCGCCAGCUUCGUCCGAAGCACGGCCCAUCCCCACGAGCGCCCCGGCCGCCGAGCACGAGGCCCUGAGAGGCGAUGGAAACAACCUUCAAUAUGGAAGCUUCGUGGCUACGCCGCCGCCGUCGAGUCCUCCCAACCCCGAAGAUGGCCACCACAACUUUGAGCUCCCUGCUCCAGCCUUGCACCCGCCUCUCGACUCCCCAGAGCCGCCACGGUCGACGGACACGCUGCGUAAGAGUCUCAGUCGCUUCACCAUGACGCGGAAGGCAUCGAAAGCCGCUGCGGCGGCCGUACACAACACCAAUGGCACCGAUCAGCUCACGACACCCAAACGAUCGGCAACUGCGACGUUCGGCGAAUCGCCGUCACGCAUCACCCGCAUUCUGUCCCACGCAUCGGCAACGUUUCCGAGGUCGGACACCACCGUUCCGCACGUUGAUCAGGUUCGAGAGAGAGAACAAGAGUUCUACGAGUUCAUGGACUCGGAGCUGGACAAGGUCGAGAGCUUCUACAAGAUGAAGGAAGAGCAAGCCGGGCAGCGCCUCACCGUCCUGAGAGAGCAGCUGCACGAGAUGCGAAAUCGACGCAUCCAGGAAAUGGUGGACGAGGAGCAAGACGACAGUGCCGCUCACAGCAACGGCCAUGAAAAUGGCGUCGACAAGUCAAAUGGCUGGGUGCACCCGUUCAAGGCCAAAAUCUUUCCGCCCGGGCCCAACUCCAAGGCCCUGCGCAACAUGCCUCGGACACCGUUCCUGCCACCAAGCGCGUCUGCCGAGACGAGGCGCGAUUACAGCCGACGACCCCCCAGCAGCGACGUCUCGUACCGAACUGCAAAACGGAAGCUUAAGUUGGCCCUCCAAGAGUUCUAUCGCGGGCUCGAGCUGCUCAAGUCGUACGCGCUGCUGAACCGAACCGCGUUUCGGAAGCUGAAUAAGAAGUUCGACAAGGCGGCGAACGCCAGGCCACCCCUGCGUUUCAUGACUGAGAAAGUCAACAAGGCGUGGUUCGUCAACAGCGAUGUGCUAGACGGGCACAUCAAAGCGGUUGAAGAUCUCUACGCGCGCUACUUUGAGCGUGGCAACCACAAGCUCGCCGCUGGAAAGCUGCGGAGCCUGGCUCGGAAGCCCACUGACGAGUCGGGCAGCUCGUUCCUGAAUGGCUUCCUGAUUGGCGUCGGGAUAGUGUUCACGGUGCAAGGGCUCGUGUACGGCGCCAAACUGCUCUUUGACGAGGACCAACUUGUCCGAAGGGAGACCAGCUAUCUGCUGCAACUCUACGGAGGGUACUUUCUCAUGCUGUUGAUGUUCUCAUUCUUCUGCAUCAAUUGCUUUGUCUGGACACGAAACAAGGUCAAUUACCCCUUCAUCUUCGAAUUUGACCAGCGGAGCCACAUCGACUGGCGGCGCCUGGCCGAGUUUCCGAGCUUCUUCCUCCUGCUUCUGGGCAUGUUUAUGUGGAUGAACUUCAGCCAGUACGGGCCGGAGUGGCUAUAUACGUAUUACCCUGUUUUUCUCAUUGCAAUUACGGCCUUUAUCAUCUUCCUCCCCGCACCCGUGCUGGCGCACAAGAGUCGGCAAUGGUUUGUUUAUGCCCACUGGCGCCUGUUGCUGGCCGGUAUAUAUCCUGUCGAAUUUCGCGACUUCUUCCUCGGAGACAUGUACUGUUCUCUGACAUACUGCAUGGCUAAUAUCGAGUUAUUCUUCUGCCUAUACGCAAAGGACUGGAACAACCCGGAUCAGUGCAACUCCAAUCACUCGCGACUCCUGGGCUUCCUCAUGACCCUUCCGCCAAUCUGGCGAUUUCUGCAGUGUCUUCGGCGUUAUAAGGAUACGCGAAACGUGUUUCCGCAUCUUGUCAACGGUGGCAAGUACACCAUGACCAUUGUAUCGUCGGUAAUCCUCUCUCUCUACCGCAUCCACGCUGGUCACACACUCCUCGCGCUGUUCAUAACCUUCUCCAUCAUCAACAGCGUAUAUGUCUCAAUUUGGGACCUAUUCAUGGAUUUUUCACUUUUGCAAACGCAUUCCCGGCAUUUCCUUCUCCGCGAUAUUCUGGCGCUGAAGCGACGCUGGCCUUAUUAUGCAAUCAUGGUCAUCGACCCGAUCCUCCGAUUCGCGUGGAUCUUCUACGCCAUCUUCACCCACAAUGCGCAGCACUCCACGAUCGUAUCGUUCAUGGUGUCACUCAUGGAGAUUACGCGCCGUGGGAUGUGGGCGCUGUUCCGCGUGGAAAACGAGCACUGCGCAAAUGUGUCGCAGUACAAGGCCUCGCGCGACGUGCCGCUUCCGUACCGCAUCGAGCCUCUCAUGGACCGCGCUAGCACCGAGUCUAGCCCGAUGCUGGAGGACGAGGACGAGCGACACCAGGAGAUUCCGCAGUCGGCAUCGACCUCGACGGCGGUGGCUAGCACCCCGGGAACGCUGAGGCGACGCCCGGAAACCGGCUCGCGAAGGUUCUCCAAGAUCCUGGCGGAGGCGCAUAAGCAGGACUUUGAGAAGCGGCGCAAGCCCGUGGACGAGUCGGUCGCAGAGGACGAGGAGCAGGACGCCAAUAGCGAUGACGAGGAAGAGGAGGACGAGGAGGACGCGACCAGACUCAUGGAAGUGCGCGAGUCGCGGGAAUAUCGGAGGAAUUCGAAAGACGAAGGUGUAUGA